CGGCCACCGUGACCAACCCGCUGUCCUCACCCAGGCCCCUGCCUCUCUGGAGACCGUGGCUGCCCCGAGAGGAGGAGGAGGCGGCGACCGGGCGGCAGCGGGAACGGACGGACACUGUGAGUUUUGGGCUCCCUGCUGGGGCUCCCCUUUUCCCACCGGCAGGGUUGGGGGUCCACGUUUGGCAGAAAACCAGCCUUUGGCCCCCUCACUCCUUCACCCCUAUGUCCCCCGAGGGUGCCCGCACCCUGACAUCCCUUCUGCCCCAUGCCAGCACUAGCUGGAGCCUGCGCGGGGGUGGCUGUGUCUGUGGGGAGAGGGGGGUGAGAAGGGGCCACCCUCAGCGCCCACGUCCCCCAGCACAUCGCCUCGCCGGGGCAGUGCCAGCCACGGCGAACACAGCUGCUCUGUGGGGGCCUCAAAGGGACGCCUGUUCCCGGCCCGGCGGGCAUUCCUCAGGGGGUUAGCGGGACGCCUGGGCACAGCGGGGGAGAUUACUCUGGCAAAAGGCCCUCGUCUGGGGUUUAGAUGCCAGCUUCCUUCGCGGGGGCGCAGGGGCCUAAAUCCUCACGGCAGAGGAGCGAGGAAAAGCAGGGUUGGGAGGAGUCGUGCCCCUCAGGGACUCUGCGCAGGGGCCGUGGGGUCUGCAAGGUGUAAUCCUGCGCCGAUGGGCGAGAAAUGGGAGAAACGCCCCUGCUGCCACCCGCCCUGCCGGAGCGCCACGGCAGCAGGAGGGGGCAGCAGGAGCCCCGGGGCAGCUCCCACCCCGGCUCUGUCUCCUCAGGCCCAGCCUCGCGAUGUGGCAGAAGCGUCAAGGGACGGCAACCCCAGCAAGGCGCUGGCGCUUUUCCACCACCCGGUCAGGCUCCUGUGGCCCAGGUCCAAGUCCUUCGACUAUCUGUACGGCGUGGGGGAGAGGCUGCUGCGGAACUUCCCCGUGCAGGCCACGCUCUGCCUUUACGACGACUCGGGCAGCGAGGAGGAGGAGGAGGAGGAGGAGGAGGAUGAAGAGGACAAUGAGGAGGAGGACGCUGAGGAGGACGCUGAGGAAGGGGAGGGCAAAACUGGGGGUGCUGUGCCUGCCACGGGGGCCGGCUCCUUGCUGCCAGCAGCCGGCUCGGCCAGGCCGGUGUGAGGGCGGCGUACGUGGCAUGGGGACGGAGGAGAGGCCGUGAGCGGCGUGGGGCCGGGGGCCGGGAGCACCACAGAGGCCGGGGGCACCACAGAGGCCGCGGGCACCACAGAGGCCGCCCUGCUGCAGGGGCAGGCGGGAGCCCGGCGCCCCGACCGGGUGCUGCCAGGCUCCGCGGGGGGGCUGGAGCCGCCUUGCGGAUAAAUAAAGCGUGCGGGGCCCCGCCUG